CUCUUUCUUCUCUCACUCGAUCAUCCUUCUUCGUCAUCUUCUUGUUCUUGUUCUUCUUGUUCUUCUUCUUCGUCUUCAUCAUCUUCUUUUCAACCGAUAAGUCACGGGCCUGUCAAAUCUCAAAUAAAAUAAGCCAAGCUUAUCAUUUCCUUUCUUAGAUUCGCCUAGGAGUCGUUUCCCCUUUGGUACCAAACCCAUAAUCAAUUUACACCACCUGCUCGACGAAAUUACCAAGAGAAUAAUUGCUUCUGUAUGGAUCCGGAAGCAUCAUCGAGCCAGAAGCCGCCCGCUAAGGAGGAAAAAGAAACAUUAAUGGACAACGACAACGCUGAAGAUGCUGAAGGGAUCAUUGAGGAAUAUCGGAAGGAGAUGGAGGAGAUUAUACAGUCUGGGAUUGGGAUGGAGAAUAUGCGGGUGGGGGUUACAAGAACCUUUGCCAACUUAGAGGCAAAUCUUGAGCCUAAGAUCAGUGGAUUAUCCCAGGCCGUUCGGAAAACGAAGAACGAGACGUUGGAAGCCAUUAAGUCGAUGUUUGCCGACUUUAAGGCUAGCGUCCGUAAAGCAGCCGAGACCGCUCUCGAAGCUAUGGAAGCAUCAUCUUCGAAAGCUCCUUUGCCUAAAGACGUUCGGUUCCAAGUACAAACUCUUCCGGUGAAAACAAGCGAUGUGACAGAUGGAGAUAGCUUCAGAAUUUAUGUCAGGACUUCAGACCUGCUCGAGUUACCGCAAUUUGCAGAGGCGGAUGAAAGAAGCUUGCAGGGAAUAGAUGCACCAGAGCAAGCAAUGGAGUUCGGGACGGAGGCAAAAAAAGAGCUCGCGAGGAUUGUUCGAGGGCAGACAUUGACAUUGGAUGUUUAUAAACAAGACGACUUUCGUAGAUGGGUUGCAGAUAUUUACACCGAAGACGGCACAUUUGUUCAGAGAAGGGUUUUGCUUGGCAUUUUGAUCGUUAUGAUACGCGCGAGAAUUUGGCACGGUGUCAACGAGGCACAGGCGAAAAAGGUUGGCAUGUGGGGUUCUAGUACACCCCCAGAGAAGCCCUGGAAGUGGAGACAUAGACAGAACUCAGAGGCAUGGGCUUUGCACAAGUCUCGGGAGUCUCAGUGACUGAUUUGCCUGGACAUUCCUUGUCUCACUCGAUAUUAUGGUCUAUUUGCUUCUCAACCGAUAAACAAACUCUGACGAUGACUUAGAACUCUAUGUUCCAUCUGCGUGUUAAUGAGCAGCUUGUAGGCUAGACUUUAUGAGAGCAGGAAAGAUUUACAGCCUUACUUUGUUUUCUUAAUUUUAUAACAUUCUACAACUCUCGCAAUGGUAACAAUCUUGCAUCUGACCUUUUAAUGAUCGAGCACAUGAGGUGAACAUGGAUUGUUGAGACUCUUUUGCUCAGAUGGGAGUCUCUCUACUUCCUCACUCGUCUUCAGCCAAUUCAGCCAUGUCUUCCUCU